AUUUACAAUUACCAACAACCUACUAAUCAGUUGUUCUUUGGAACAUGGGAGUAAACUGGAGCAUCCAGAGGAGUCCACAAGCAUAUGGGAAGAAUAUACAAACUUUCUUACAGAGGAUGCCAGAAUUGAACUCCAAACUCUACACAAGAUCCUGAGAGAUUUGGGGAGUAUGUUUCCUCUAGAAUCAGGAAUCGACUAACCAAGAAUGCUGUUUGCUUUUCUUACCAUCCUAUCAACCUCUGUAACCACUUUCAGGGAGCUGAGGUCUUGGACCCCGAGAUCCCUCCACACAUCAACGUUCGAUAUGAUCUCCCAAAAUGCACGACUUCACGUCUGGCCAGAUUAAACUUCAUCUGUCAUUUCUCCACCCAUAUCUGCAACUGAUCUAUACCCUGCUGGGUCCUUUGGCAGUCUUCUGCACUACUCAAAACACUAUCAAUCGUCAGGUUGUCUGCAUCACAAACAGUCAACCAGCAUGGAUCUCUGUGCAGAACACCACUAGGCGCAGACCUCCAGCGAGAAUGUCCCAUAAAGCACUCUCCUCUGUGGAGAGGAUGUCUCCAGGAGUGGGGGAGUGCAGGGCCGCGGGGAGAAUGGGGUUGAGAGGGGUCACGGGCCAGCUCGCGCCACUGUCACCUGGUACCUCGCGCCUUUCCGUCCGCCCGUCACGUCACCUCCUCCAACCGCCGCCCCCAGCACGCGCCGCGUCACUCCGCCCGGGAUUUCCCUCCACUGUUCCACCAGCUCCCUCGUCACCAUGUCGGAUCUGAGCCUCCUGGCCCUGAUCACCCUGCUCCUGACCUUCCUCCUGCUCGCUACCCUGUUGGCUUUGGCCUUGUACUCCGGCCUGUUAGCCAAGGUAUCGGUACGUUCCGGUCCAUCACCCUUCGGCGCCCUUACCCUGGCCUACAAAUACAAGCAAGGCCCGUACCGGGAGGGGGGCCACCUCUUUACAGAGAGCACCAGCAUCGCGCCGAAGCUGAACUGUAUCGGGAUUUACUACGACGACCCUCAGCAGGUUCCAGAAGAAAGUUUGAGAUAUAUAGCAGGGACCAUCCUGAGUGAAGGUGAUGAGAAGCCAUCUGAAGAACUGGUCAAACUUUUUGAGAAGUUUGGCUUUAGAAUAUUCUCUUUCCCAGAAGUCACACAUGUUGUUAUGACCACAUUCCCUUUCAAGACCUUCCUCUCACUGCAUCUGGCAAUGUACCGAGUGUACCCAGUUCUGAAUAACUAUAUUAAGGAACGGAAGCUAUGUGCUCACCCCUGUCUGGAGAUCUACUGUGGGGAAAUUAUCUACUAUGUCUGCCCUUUGGCACGUCAGAGUGACUUUUAUGUUCCUGAAGUAAAGAAUGCUGACAAGAAACAGAAAGAAGAGGACACAGAUGAUGCUCGUACAGAUCUUGCAGAUUCGUUUAGCGACAGCAGCUCGCUGACGUACGAGGCCUUCACGGAGAGCAGGGAAACCUCCCUGAUGCUGCCUGUCACACCUGGCACAGCCAGCGGGGAGAUGGAGGACAGUGAUUGGAGUGAGUCGGUGGCCAGCAGCUCGUCCUUCGAAGAAAUUGAGCUGGAGUCACAGGGUAAUGGGAAGCGGCCCAACGUCUCUCAGCCUGCUGAUCCAGAAGACAAGGAACCCACUCAACUGACUAACACAAAAAGAUAUCUGCAUAUCAGGAGAACAGAGGAGGAAUGAAAAUAGAAAUACGAAUAAAUCUUGAUUCAAUUGGCUCCAUGCAGGCAACUUCUCCCAGCACCAGACCCGUGAACGCUUGUUGCAACAUUAAAUAAAAGUUUUGAAAUUAUGGUUGGAUUCAGAGUAAAGAUGGAAAUGUAUCAGAAUGUGUACAAUAUUGUAUUUGUGAGCUUGAGUAUUAUUACUAGUUCUUUAAAUAAAUCCAAAUAAUUUGUUUUUUCACAUUUAAAA